AUGUCGUCGGCUCUCAACGCGAUCAAGAUUCGCCGCAAGAAGAAUGUCAAGAAGGGAAUUCAGUUUUGUUUGAUGGUGUGCGGUGCCAGCGGAACCGGGCGCACAACCUUUGUCAACACUCUCUGUGGCAAGCAGGUCCUGGAGAGCAAGGAGGCUGACGAUCCGGACCACGCCCACAUCGAGGAAGGUGUCCGCAUCAAGCCCGUCACCGUCGAGCUGGAAUUGGAUGAGGAGGGCACUCGCAUCUCCCUGACCAUCGUCGAUACCCCCGGCUUUGGUGACCAGAUUGACAAUGAGGCGAGCUUCGGUGAGAUUGUCGGUUAUCUCGAGCGCCAAUACGAUGACAUUCUGGCGGAGGAGUCGCGGAUCAAGCGUAACCCGCGAUUCAGGGACAACCGAGUGCAUGUCAUGAUGUACUUCAUCACGCCCACGGGCCACGGCCUGCGCGAACUCGACAUCGAAUUGAUGAAGCGUCUGUCUCCGCGUGUCAACGUCAUCCCCGUCAUCGGAAAGGCCGACUCGCUCACCCCCGCCGAACUGGCCGAGUCCAAGAAGCUGAUCAUGGAGGAUAUUGAACACUACCGCAUCCCCGUCUACAACUUCCCCUACGAUAUCGAAGAGGAUGAUGAGGACACCGUGGAGGAGAACGCCGAGCUCCGUGGCCUGAUGCCGUUCGCCAUUGUCGGCUCAGAGGACUUUGUCGAGAUCGACAACCGAAAAGUGCGCGCCCGACAGUACCCAUGGGGCGUGGUCGAGGUUGAGAACCCCCGGCACUCGGACUUCCUGGCCAUCCGCAGCGCUCUGCUGCACAGCCACUUGGCUGACCUGAAGGAGAUCACCCACGACUUCCUCUACGAGAAUUACCGUACCGAGAAGCUCAGCAAGAGCGUGGACGGUACUUCGGGCCAAGAUUCCAGCAUGAACCCCGAAGACCUUGCUUCGCAAUCCGUGCGCCUCAAGGAGGAGCAGCUCCGCCGCGAGGAGGAGAAGCUGCGCGAGAUCGAGCUCAAGGUACAGCGCGAGAUCGCCGAGAAGCGGCAGGAGCUGCUGGCCCGCGAGAGCCAGCUCAGAGAGAUCGAGGCUCGCAUGGCCCGCGAGGCAAGCCAGAGCAAUGUCAGCGAAGCCAAUGUAGAGGCCUAG